AUGGCGACAAGGUAUCCUAGAACGGACACGAACCGGAGCCUCGAGACAUUGCUAGAUUUGGACAAAACCAAGGCCAAAUCAAGCAAGAACAUGGCCAAACUUCCAACCCAAAAACUGGUCCCCGGUCAUGGGCUCGAGUUCAGCAACUUGUCAUAUAGUGUGAUGAAGAAGCAGAAGAAAGAUGGUGUGUGGAUCACCAAAGAAGCUUAUCUUUUGAAUGACAUUUCGGGUCAAGCCAUGCGAGGUGAGAUCAUGGCGAUCAUGGGUCCUAGUGGUGCUGGAAAGAGUACUUUUCUUGACGCUUUGGCAGGCCGGAUUGCGCAAGGAAGUCUUGAAGGCUCGGUUCGGAUUGAUGGGAAAGAGGUUACAGCUAGCUAUAUGAAGAUGAUAUCGUCUUAUGUUAUGCAAGAUGAUCAACUCUUUGCUAUGUUGACGGUUUUUGAGACGUUUAUGUUUGCGGCAGAAGUUCGUCUUCCGCCUUCUUUAUCACGGUCCGAGAAGAAGAAACGAGUGGUCGAACUCAUCGACCAGUUAGGCUUAACCAGUGCGGCGCAUACUUAUAUUGGUGAUGAAGGGAGGAGAGGGGUUUCGGGUGGUGAGAGGCGGCGUGUGUCUAUUGGGAUCGACAUAAUUCACAAGCCGUCGUUGUUGUUCUUGGAUGAACCGACAUCAGGGCUAGACUCAACUAGCGCUUUUAGUGUUGUUGAGAAAGUUAAAGAUAUUGCGCGUAAUGGUAGCAUUGUUCUUAUGACGAUUCAUCAGCCAUCGUUUCGGAUCCAAAUGCUUCUUGAUCGCAUCACAGUUCUCGCAAGGGGGAGGUUGAUAUAUCUAGGGAGCCCGAAUGCGCUAUCUGCACAUCUUGAGGGGUUCCAACGGCCAGUGCCAGAAACCGAGAACAAUAUUGAAUACCUAUUGGAUGUGAUCAAGGAGUACGACGAGUCAACCAUCGGGCUUGAUCCUCUUGUGAUGUACCAACGUGACGGGCUCAAGCCGGAUCCAGUGGCUCAGACCCCGGUCCCCAAACCACCGAGAACACCUCGAACUCCAUAUGGGAGAACACCGCACAACCAAAAGCAUAUUGCCCUUCGCAGUCUACAAUUUUCGAGUGGCAACACGACCCCUCGACAGAAUUCCGCCUCAUUUGACUAUCAUGAAAAUGAGUCUGAUGACGAGUUCGACAAUUCAAGAGAGCGUAAAGCUGCUGUCCGUACACCAAUGAACAUGACUAGCGGAGCCUAUAAUCCACGUUUAGCGUCACAAUUCUAUAAAGAUUUUUCGGUAUGGUUAUACCACGGGGUGAAAGGUACACCACAACGUGCACCAUCUUGGACUCCAGCUAGGAGCGCUACCCCUAGCCGGACAACUCCAGUUAGGAGUGGUACUACCCCUAGCCGGACACCAACCAUAAACCGCCAGCGUAUCAAAACUCCCGUGUUUAGUCCCUCUUCAGAGUCAUAUGUAUCCUAUGAAAACACAUUUGAACUAGAGGUCCUUGAUGAACCUGACCUUGGACCAAAGUUUGCCAACCCAUGGCUACGCGAAGUCAUGGUUCUCUCAUGGCGAACCGCAUUAAACGUGAUCCGAACCCCUGAACUAUUUCUUUCCCGUGAAAUCGUUCUAACCGUCAUGGGUCUCAUCCUAGCUUCCCUUUUUCAAAGGCUGUCCGAUCACGACUUCAAAACGAUUAACCGUCUUCUCAACUUCUACAUCUUUGCGGUUUGUCUCGUUUUCUUUUCCUCAAACGAUGCGGUCCCAACUUUCAUCCAAGAACGAUUCAUAUUCAUCCGCGAGACCUCCCACAACGCUUAUCGCGCAUCCUCUUACGUUAUAUCAUCCCUCAUUGUUUACCUCCCGUUUUUCGCCAUCCAAGGAUUCACAUUCGCGGCGAUCACACAAUUCAUCCUCCACCUAAAUAGCAACCUAUUCCGUUUUUGGGUCAUACUUUACUCCUCUCUCAUCACGACAAACGCGUACGUGAUGCUCGUGAGUGCGCUAGUCCCAAGCUACAUCACGGGCUACGCGGUUGUGAUAGCCACCACGGCUCUCUUUUUCUUGACUUGUGGUUUUUUCCUAAAGGAGUCUCACAUCCCCCCUUACUGGCUAUGGCUCCACUACAUAUCGGCCAUCAAGUACCCUUUCGAGGCGAUGUUGGUGAACGAGUUCAAAGGCGGCCAUUGCUACACCGGAGAGUUUUCGCAGCUAUCACCCGGCCCUCUAGGAGAAGUCAAGAUUAGUGAUGCUCACAAGAACGAUCCCACAAAGCAAGGGAUCGACUGUUUGUUGAUCGGAGAAGAUGUGUUGAAAUCCAUGGACAUAAAAUGGGAAAACGUUUGGUAUGAUGUUGGGAUCUUGUUGGCUUGGGGGGUCUUGUAUCGUCUCUUGUUCUACGUCGUCUUGAGGUUUUAUUCCAAGAACGAAAGAAAAUGAUAUCAUACGAUACGAUACCAUUUGAAUUUUCUUUUGCAGUUUGAAUAGUUGACAUGUUGUUUGGGAACUUUCUGUUUCAUAACACGUUUAGUCAUUUAAUUAAAUUCGAACCCGGAUGGACCCUUUGUUUGAACAA